CAUUUUUUUUUUCUCAGGAACUUUAUUAGUACACUAGACCAACUUAGUAAGUUAUAAAGCGACUGUGUCGCCCUUCACUAUAAAAGAUUAAAAACGAAACGAACGAGCAUUUCUAAAAACCAAAGCAUCCGCUUUUUAUGUUAUUCACCGUGCGCGUCUGGAUCAGCUAAUGUACAGUAUGGUCACGUGACGGAUAACAAGCUAAGCCGUCAAUCGCAUAGGAAGAGCCGCGAGACCAUAAGAGAAUUGCUCCAGCUGCAACAAAAACGAAAUUAUAAUCAGUUUCUCUCGUGUAGUUGGUGUAACAGGUCAAGAUGGAUGUGUCUGGCCAUAGUUUGUUUCUCCUGCAACAACUGAAUGUACAAAGGGAGUUUGGCUUUCUGUGCGACUGCACUGUGGCCAUUGGCAACGUAUAUUUCAAGGCUCAUCGCGCGGUCCUUGCUGCCUUCUCAAACUACUUUAAAAUGAUCUUCAUCCAUCAGUCCAGUGAGUGUAUAAAGAUCCAACCCACAGAUAUCCAACCAGAUGUCUUUAGCUACCUGCUACACAUAAUGUAUACAGGCAUGGGUCCCAAACAACCUGUAGACCAGGUCAGACUUCAAGAAGGCAUCAAGUUUCUCCAUGCAUACCAGCUCUGCCAUAAAACCGGUGAGGGUGGUUCAGAUGCUUUCUCUGACCCUGUUCGUAUGUCCAACCUCUAUGGUAUCCAGAUCUCUUCUCAGCUGACCGGUAAAGAGACCUCAGGCUUAAAGGCGGGUGGUUCACGGGACCCAGAGGACAGACGCUCUAGCGCAAGGGCCGAUCGUACACACGGCCGAUUGUCUCUUGCUUUAGGUCUUGAGGGCAUCGCGAAUGAGAGGCAGCCUCAAAGCUUUCGCGCCGCAUCUUCGGUGGUGUCAGGGGACGACUCUGAUAUCUCUGCACGAAUCAAGCAGGAAAGAGUAGAGGAGGAAGAACAACAACAAGGCGGCGAGAAGGAGCCUUGCUCUCUCUCCCCAAACCAGGUGAGCCCCUGCCAGGCAGGCCUGUUUAAAGAUGGCCCUCUUGCACUUCUGUGCCCACGUUGUGGCGAACGCUGUCUGUCACCUGAAGGCUUACAAGAGCACCUUUUUACGCACGCAGCCUGUGCCCUCGAGCCUAGCGGUCUGAUGGAGGGCCCUUCAGAGGACAAAUCCGAGGAGCAUGCAUCCCUAGAAGAAAGACGGCCCCUUAAGGAGCACAUAGACACGGGUAGUCUAGAAGAGGCCUUACGGCAAAGCCAGGCCCUGGCUGAUGAAUUAGCCAUGGAACUCAGACGAGGUGCUGGAACCGGACAAAGUGGCAGCCCGUUAGCGGUCUUCACCCGAAAACGAAAGAUGGCCUGCGCCGUCUGCAACCUUCGCUUCUCACAGAAGAGCCAGCUGCAGGAGCAUAUGUUUGCCCAUGUGGGCAAGCCGCUGAGAUACCACCGCUACAGCCGCUUCUGCGGGCAGCUGCUCCAUGGUUGCGAGGCCCAGCCGGAUAUCACCGCAGCCACAGGAGAGGAAACAGCCAAGGACACUCAGGAUAACGGCAGUUCCUGCUACUCAUUGGACUCCGAGGUCUCUCAGGAGAGUGUUGACGCAGUGACUGUGGAAUGAAAUCUGGGAAUGUAGACCCAUACAAACACAUCAAUUGCUGAUUUGAUUUCUGCCUCAGCACCAAUACGCUUGUGUCCUGUCUCAAACGUCCUUGUCAGUAAAGUUUUGUUGUGUUGAUGAUUGUUGUGUUGAUAUGUUGGAUGGCUGAGAUAACAUUUCAAUACUAUAUUUGAAGAAAGUAUUACAUUAAAAAGCAUGUGC